GUUCGGCUGUGUCAAAAUGACUUUUUUUGUGAAUUCACAACGUUGUGGCCAAACGGCUAUAGCGAGGCAUAUUCUGAAUAUUUCUGGCAUAAUUGCUUAAUCAACAAAUGGAUGACGAAGAAGAAACCUACAGAUUAUGGAAAAUACGUAAAACUAUCAUGCAGCUGUGCCACGACCGCGGGUACCUGGUGACUCAAGAUGAACUAGAUCAGACUCUGGACGAAUUUAAGAGCCAGUUUGGUGACAAGCCCAGUGAGGGACGCCCACGACGGACAGAUCUUACAGUGCUUGUUGCCCACAACGAUGAUCCAACUGACCAAAUGUUCGUUUUCUUUCCAGAGGAGCCCAAGGUGGGAAUUAAGACCAUCAAGAUGUACUGCCAGCGUAUGCAGGAGGAGAACAUCACGCGAGCCAUAAUUGUGGUCCAGAUGGGCAUGACGCCUUCUGCCAAACAGUCGUUAGUAGACAUGGCACCUAAAUACAUCCUGGAGCAGUUUCUGCAGCAGGAGCUUCUUAUCAACAUCACAGAGCAUGAGCUGGUUCCAGAGCACAUAGUGAUGGCCAAGGAGGAGCUGACAGAACUAUUGGCUCGAUAUAAACUAAAGGAGAGCCAGCUGCCCAGGAUCCAAGCAGGAGACCCUGUGGCCAGAUACUUUGGGCUAAAAAGAGGACAGGUGGUGAAAAUCAUCAGGCCAAGUGAAACUGCGGGGCGCUACAUUACCUACAGACUAGUGCAGUAGAUGUACAAGCGCACCUACGUUCAACCGAUAUCAAUUACUCAAAAAAGUUCUGCAAACUGUUAAUUUUAUGUUGGAAAUGAAAAUUGCUGGAUAAUUUUUUUUUUUUAUGCGUUUAAAGUGUGUGUGAAUGUUGUAGCUCUGCUAUUGUGUUAUACAUCCUUUAUCAUCAUAUCUGUUCUGAAUUGCUAUUUUCUAACCCAAAAUUUACUUUUUACUUUUUACUGAAUGCUCAUUCUGCAGCCUUAUUAGCGACUGAUAAAAGGACACAAGCAGUUAUAGCAGAUGACCAACAGGGAGCGCUAGAAGCCUAGCAUUGACUUUUUGUAUCCAAUAUUGAACUUGGUGUACAAUCUUUACACCCAUUACACAUUAGCAUGUAAACAACAAAUAACAAAAUUGUCCUUAUUAAACAUUUAGAUAUUU